UUUGGUAUGAAAAGAGUUGGAGGCUUCAGACUUUGCCGGCAUUGAUGGGUUUGAGGCAUGGGGAUCCUUCAGAACAAGAAAACCUCCUCAUCUUCUCCUUCCUCAACAUCGCCUUGCGCCAAUCUCAGAGCUGCUUACCACAACUGCUUCAACAGGUGGUAUUCAGAGAAGUUUGUAAAGGGUAAUUGGGACAAAGAGGAAUGCCUUUCGGAAUGGGAGAAAUACAAGGCUUGUCUUUCUGAACAUUUGGAAGAUAAACAACUGAGUCGGUUCUUGGAGGCUGAAGGACCUGUGAGCACCACCACUGCAACCAGAGCCGAUGGCGGGCGGUCCUAAUGGUCUUUCUCAGUAGAAUUCGGUUUGUACUACAUCAGAGAAUGA